UACUAAUUAGUAAUAAAUUUUAUUAAUUUUCACUUUUAGAUGGCGACAAAAAGAAUCGUUUGGGGGAAGUUUGGAGCGAGUGCCGGACAAGCUUGUAUCGGCAUUGAUUAUAUCCUUGUUGAGAAAAAGAAUUUGUCAAAUUUGGUGGAAUUAUUGAAAAAAUAUAUCAAGCAAUGUUUUGGAGAUGAUCCAAAUGGAUCUAAUAGCAUGUCUAAGAUAAUUAACAAGAGGCAUUUUUCAAGAUUGAAGAGUCUCUUAGAUGAACACAUGGUCAAAUCUUCUGUGGUUUAUGGUGGGUUGUUUGAUGAAGAGAACUUGUUCAUUGAGCCGACAAUAUUGGUCGAUCCCCCACUUGAUGCUGCAAUUAUGACCGAAGAAAUUUUUGGUCCAUUACUUCCAAUUAUUACAUUGGAGAAAAUUGAAGACAGUAUUGACUUCAUAAGAUCAAGGCCGAGCCCGCUUGCUCUAUAUGCCUUUACAAAAGACAAUAAUCUCCAAAAGAGAUUGGUUUCCGAGACAUCAUCCGGAAGCCUCACGUUCAAUGAUGUCAUCCUUCACUACGUGGUGGAUACUUUACCGUUUGGUGGAACAGGCGGGAGUGGGUUUGGAAGAUAUCAUGGAAAAUACUCGUUUGAUAAUUUUAGUCAUGAGAAGGUGGUGCUAACAAGGAGCUUCUUUAUAGAUAUAUGGUUUAGAUAUCCGCCAUGGAACGAUAAAAAGUUACAACUGAUAAAGUCCGGGUUAAGAUUUGAUUAUCUUGCAAUUGUGUUGAUUGCAUUAGGUUUGAAAAGGAAGGCUUGAGGAUUUACUUUUAGUUCUUUUGUUUUUUUAAUUAAAAUGGAGCUAUUUAUAUGCAUUAUGUAAGAGUUGAAAAAGAUGGUUUGAUCUCUUUUUCUAAUCAAGUCCUUUGAGUAGAUGUGUGAAUUCUGAUGU